GGUGGGGCGGGGUGGUGUGCUGGGCAGGUAGCAGUGCCUGCCUGCCUUCUGGCCUGCAGUCUGCAAGGUGCACUGUGCCGCUCCAGCUCCUGGCCAGACUGUGUCCCGUGCCCCUGCGUUUCCAAGACACUUAUUAUAAUUCUCGAUAGCUGGCCGGGACCAGACUCUGAAAUCCAGGACUGUUCUCACUAAAUCGGGAUAUAUGGCCACCCUAUAUUUGACCUAGGGAUAAUCCCCAAUGUAGAUGCAUAUACAUUUUUCCCAGUGCUUUUUUAUAUGUAGAAAACAAGAUUCUAACUUUAAGGAAAAGCAGUGGAUUCAUAAGCAAAUGUUCAGAUAAUUACCAUCAUGUAAUAAGCUUUUUUUAAAUGAUAUCAAACAAAUAUUUGUAAACUUGUCAGAAAAAGACUGAUUUUACAGAGAAAACAGAAAACAAAAUGACACAAAAGUUCCUUUCUAAAAUAUUUUGGAGCUUGAACUUAUCAUAUUUUCUUUUUUUGAAGAAUUUUUUUUUUGGCUCUGUGCUGACUGUCAAACACACAAGAUAAAGUUUGUCAUUCAGGCAGUACCAGCAUUUGAGUCAGUACACAAUGACACAGUUAUUUAUCAAACUGAAAUUGUUGCCAUAGCUCCACUGUGGGACAGUGCAGAUUAAACAAUAGCCUUGUUCAUUCACGCUGGUCCAGUCUGACAUUCAGCUCCAGCUCAACAGCAAUGGAUUUGUUUCCCAGAGCACAGCAAGUAUACAACUGUUCUAGAGAAAAAGGGACUGUAGGAUUUGGAAAAGAAAAGCUUCUUGGAUCAUAGUUGGAUUUUCAGAUACUAAAUUACUUUAUCACCAGAGAUUGCUCUCAGCUGAUCUUUAACCUCCCUUGGGACAGUCAUACAAGAACAACUUGGCAUGACCUUUGCUCAAUUGUUUUAAGUACAAGAAGUGGAAAUUUUAUUAUGUGGCCAGAACAGCUCAAGGUCCUCUCAAGGAAAGUGUGAAAGCUGCAGGGGUGUAUUUGGUUGCCGUGUUGGUCUGAGACAAAAAGAAAAAGCUGCAGGGAGAAGUUUGUCAGAAGUACAUUAAACACAAAGAUGGUAGGCCGUCAAAAACGCAGGACAGAAGAGGAAACUCAAGAGACGCAGACUGCCAAACAUCAACGACAGACUCUGACUGCACCUGCUCCAUUUGCAGAUGAAACAAGCUGUCAGUGCCAAGCUCCACAUGAGAAGCUAACCAUCGCUCAAGCUCGCCUGGGAACGCCAGUUGACAGACCUGUCAGAGUGUAUGCAGAUGGAAUAUUUGAUCUCUUCCACUCCGGCCACGCUCGAGCUCUUAUGCAAGCCAAAACUCUAUUCCCAAAUAGCUACUUAUUAGUAGGAGUUUGCAGCGAUGAUCUAACCCACAAAUUUAAAGGCUUCACUGUAAUGAAUGAAACAGAACGGUAUGAGGCCCUCAGGCACUGUCGCUAUGUAGAUGAAGUCAUCAGAGAUGCUCCAUGGACGCUCACACCAGAGUUCUUGGAAAAACACAAGAUUGAUUUUGUAGCCCACGAUGACAUUCCAUACUCCUCCGCUGGUUCGGAUGAUGUGUACAAGCACAUAAAGGAGGCAGGAAUGUUUGUACCAACACAAAGAACUGAAGGUAUCUCAACCUCAGACAUUAUUACUAGAAUUGUACGAGAUUAUGACGUCUAUGCCCGACGCAACCUCCAAAGAGGAUACACUGCCAAAGAGCUGAAUGUUAGUUUUAUAAAUUUAAUCUGUGCUCAGAAGAUCUUAGGAAGAGGACCAUGCCUUUCACUGCAGAGAAAGGAGAAGAAAUACCGCUUUCAGAACCAGGUAGACAAAAUGAAGGAAAAAGUUAAGAAUGUUGAGGAAAAAUCAAAAGAAUUUGUUAACAAAGUGGAAGAGAAGAGCCACGACCUCAUCCAGAAAUGGGAAGAGAAAUCCAGAGAGUUCAUUGGCAACUUUUUAGAGCUGUUUGGACCUGAUGGAGCAUGGAAACAGAUGUUUCAGGAGCGAAGUGGACGGAUGCUCCAGGCCUUCUCACCAAGACAGAGCCCAACCAGCAGCCCAACACGAGGCCGCUCACCAUCCCGCUCUCCAUCACCACCCUUCCCAUGGCUCUCCAAUAAAGCCUCGCCUCCUUCUUCUCCCAAAGCCGCCUCAGCCUCCAUUAGCAGCAUGAGUGAGGGCGAUGAGGAUGAAAAAUAAAGUAAGAGUCAUUUUAAAAGGGGCAAAAGAACCCCAAACACAAAACAAAAAAGAAAACAGUCAUGUAACCUGCAACUGGAUGGAGGGAGAAGAACAACAAGGGGGAUAUUUCUGACAGAUGGAAAUGUGCACUAAUGAGGAGACAUUGUCUGGAGACUGGAGCACUGCCAGAGACAGGAUCUCAGGAACAGCUUCCCCCGUCUCAUUUCCUCAUGGUGCUCAGGAAUGCCUUAAAUGGCAUUUGCCAAAAUGGCACUGGACACCUCACUGAAACAUAAACCUUUGCACCAGUACCUCUUGUUAAUCAAUAUUUAGUGCUGCUGCCAGCAGGAUUGGCCAAAAGUGUCAGGGACCAUCUUGAGCAGUGUAGGGGAGCCCCAGAUACAGACAGGCCAAGCAGCAGUGAUACUGUGGGAAGCAGAUGAUUCACCUGCAUUCACCUGGACCCUACUAAACUUGUAUGCAACUAAGUAUCUCUUUUCAGCAACUGAAGGCUUCUUCAAUCCAGGAACUAUUUUUCCCCUUUAAAAAACAAGAAAGAAAGAAAGAACGAAAGAAAGAACGAAAGAACGCUUCACGAAUUCGUGAAAGAAAGAAAGAAAGACAAAACCAAAAAACCCCACCAAACCAUGCCUGGGGAAUGGGAAACUUGUGUAAUGGGCACUAGUAAUAUGUCGAAUAUAGUCAAUCUGAGGACUGUUGCUUGUUGACCAAGCCUUUGUACAGGGCAUUUGUAAAGGCUGAGACUGUGUGAAUCCCACUUGCUUUAUCAAUCUUAUCUUUGGUCCCUCAUGCCUCAAACGCUACUUGCUGUACAUUGUUUUUCUCCUUGGUGUUGAUUUGAAGGCUGCAAAGUAAAUAGGAGAAUGUCCAGGCUGGGAUUUUUUUGUUUGGAGGGGAAAAAUAAUUUUAUCAAGUUGGUUAUUUUAUUGCUCAAUUUAAAGGUAUAAACAGGACCCAGAGGCCCUCAAAACACUCUUUUCCUGGAACAACCACAAAAUUGUCAGACUGUAAAUGCAAUAGUGUUCCCCCUCCCAUGUAUUAUGAGUAAUAUCAAACUUAAGUAAAACUUUGGGCAAAUCUCUGAAUAAUAUGAAAAUCUGUACAUGCUAUGCUUUUUUAUAACAGCAUAUACAAUACAUGUAUACACAGCCAUACAUGCUGCAUUCCCAGCUUGGGAUUCUGGCAAAUGGCCUUCUGGCCUCAUGAUAACCAAACCUGGGGACACCCAACCGGAAAAAUAUUGAAAACUUCAUGAAUGGGAUUCGGGACUAGGACUUUCUGCUUUCCAGAAGAGUAUCCCUAAAUCCUUAAAAGAAUCACAAGGACAACAACUUUAAGGAGUUUUCUCCCUUUUACUGUGCCUUGUUGAAAACAUUCUGCAUCCAGAUGCAACUGGCUUCAGGCUCCACCUAUACCUUCUCAGUAACCACCUGGAGAAGUUCUUCUGAGAUUAUAUACCUGCUCUUCUGAGCUCCCUGUUCCUUCCAGCCCAGAAAGCGAGUUAGAAAUUGAUUUUUGGUAGCUUCAAUAUCUCAAUAGGACUGAAAUCUGCUUCAUCCUCUAGGGGAUUCUGCACAAUACUUGAUGUUUCUUUGAGCAUUUGGGGCACCAAACCAGAAAAGGCAGGCACCCUAAUAUUUUCUGUAUGCAGCCUGUAGAAAAGCCAGAACAAGAGAAGCAAUGACCAACAGGAGCAAAAGCUAUCUGUUCCACUGGGUUCCCUUGAGCUACGAUUAUGUUCCAGGCUGAAACUUAUAAUAAAUUUGAAUAUCCUUCACUUUGUUGGUUUCCUGCCCACAGAGGCAUAGUGAUCUCUUUCAGCAGCUGGAGCAAGGGAGGUAGGAAUGGGAUUAUACUGACCGCUGGAGAGCAGAGGGGAGGGUGGACUCAGGCUGCUACAGCUGAGGAACAGGUACCAGCAUGAACUCCCCAAGGGCUCCUCCUUAUGCCCCAUUCUCCUCCGCAUCUGACGCAGGGCUCAGCCCUCCACAGCAAAGCCUCUUUAGGGUGGGGGGGGCAACAUCUCACCCUCAAACCCCAAACACACUGCUGGGUACAGGGUCAUAGGAACCAUAAGAGAGUCAGGCAGGGGUAGAGCUGCAUCUGCUGUGGCAAAGAAAGCUUGGAAACAUUAGUUGCCAUCAGCAGGUUCCCCAGUCACCGGGAAGCAUUUUGUACUAGGCUCCAAGCCAGCCCUGAGUCACUCUGUCCCCCACCCCCCAUAUGAAUUCACUCCAUAAAAACCAGCAGCUUUCUCUGAAGCAAUCUUAGCCAGGCUCUUAGCCAACUGUCACAAGACUAUGAGGGAAAGCUCAUGUUGCAUAACUACCUUUCUGGGGAUUAAAAACAGUCCCUAUACAACACAGCAACAAUGGGCACUAACACAAUGCCAGGUGAAUGACUUCAUUCAUGUGACAAGACUGCUAUAGCCAUUUUGACUGCUGCCUACCGUGUGUGAUUGGAUCAUGUGAUUAAAAACCUUCCCAUCUGCCUUAGACGACAUGCCGCUGUGAUUUCAGAUGUGGGGUGCACUUGAUAGUUUCUACGAUUUCAGCGAGUCUCAGUCCUCCCAUCCCAACCACCCCUUCACAGCGAGAACAGCCUGCUCUCUACUGAUGCAAUUUACAACCAGAAGCCAUGGCCAAACAAAGUGGAGGCAGUCAAGUUUCAGCAUGUACACACACAUUCAUUUUGAAACCAUUCACCAUGCAGCAGGGCAUGUAAAAAGAAAACACCAGGCUUGGUUCAUAAUGGGAAGCUGGAAGAAGAAAUGUACCGAAACGACCUUCACGCUCUCUCAUUCACGGGCUGCUUGCCCAGUGACAAAGGCACAGAGCUGUGCCAGACAUUUUGUCUGCAUUUAGGAUAAUGAUAAGCAUGAGCCUUUGUUCUAGUACAAACACCAACAUCCAUACGGUCUCCAACUGCUCACAGAUAGGGCGGCAAACUUGCCAUUGGCUCUGGACGCAAGGACAGUGAUUUUGCACUUUCUGGUCAUGGUCAGGAUUUAUUUUUUUUUAUUUGUAAUGAGUGUUGCAUUAGCAUGAUCCUAUUUAUAAGGCCAAGUUCCAUGUAGAAAAUAAAUGGAAGUACAACAGA